CACAAUGCACGUCGAUCACUGACGUCCUCUUUUUGAUUCGGACAACAAACACAACAAAUUCAGAAAACAGUUUAAAAAUCUUAUUUCAUUCAACGGAAAAAAAAUAUUUUUAAUGUCCAGACGGUUAGAAGAGUGUUUGGUGGUUCCGGAAAUAUCUUCAAAACAACGGUGGUUUCACGCCCAUUCACACCUUAAUUCCUGUGACUGACAAGUCUGACGUGACUGUCACAUGACGUCAGUGACCCCUGGUGUAAAGGAGACUUACAGGAGGAAACAUGUGUCUACUCAAUGCUGGAGGCACACUGCUGCUGUUGCUGCUGUUUGGACAGUCACUCAGCACUCCUCGUUCAUUCAGCGUGGAUUACCGGAGUGACUGCUUUCGGAAGGAUGGGAAAGAGUUUCGCUACAUAUCAGGAAGCAUCCAUUACAACAGGAUCCCCAGAGUCUACUGGAAAGAUCGGCUGCUCAAGAUGUACAUGGCAGGGCUGAACGCCAUCCAGACGUACGUUCCCUGGAACUACCACGAGGAGUCUCCAGGUCGGUACAGUUUCAGUGGAGACAGGGAUUUGGAAUAUUUCCUUCAGCUGGCCCAGGACAUCGGUUUGCUCGUCAUCCUCCGGCCGGGACCGUACAUAUGUGCAGAGUGGGACAUGGGUGGGCUGCCUGCCUGGCUUCUCAACAAGAAAAACAUCGUGCUGCGGUCUUCAGAUCCAGAUUACAUUGCAGCAGUGGAUAAGUGGAUGGGGAAGUUACUGCCUAUGUUAAAACCUCAUCUGUAUCAGAACGGUGGUCCCAUCAUCUCUGUACAGGUUGAGAAUGAAUAUGGCAGUUACUUCGCUUGUGACUACAACUAUCUGCGUCACCUGACCAAGCUGUUCCGGUCCCACCUGGGGGAGGAGGUGGUGCUCUUCACUACGGACGGGGCCGGGCUCCAAUAUCUCAAGUGUGGCUCGAUACAAGAUCUCUACGCUACUGUUGACUUUGGGCCCGGUGCAAAUGUAACGGCUGCCUUUGAAGCACAGAGACACGCUGAGCCUCAUGGACCUUUGGUGAACUCUGAGUUUUACACCGGCUGGCUGGACCACUGGGGAUCGCCUCACUCCGUCGUGUCGUCUGCAGCAGUGGCCAAGGCCCUAAACAAGAUCCUGGCCACAGGAGCGAACGUCAACCUGUACAUGUUCAUAGGAGGAACAAACUUUGGAUACUGGAACGGUGCCAACUCACCGUACGGCUCGCAGCCUACGAGCUACGACUACGAUGCCCCGCUCACGGAAGCAGGAGACCUCACAGAGAAGUACUUUGCCAUCAGGGAGGUGAUCAAAAUGUACCGUAAGAUACCAGAGGGACCAGUACCACCGACAACUCCAAAAUAUGCAUAUGGAGCUGUUGGGAUGAAAAAGCUCCAGACGAUAUCAGAUGCCUUAGAAAAACUGUCUUUCUCUGGCCCGGUCAAAAGCAUGUAUCCUCAGACUUUCACUGACCUGAACCAGGCUUUUGGUUAUGUGCUCUACAGGACAACUCUUCCUGUUACCUGCAGCAAACCAACUCCUCUGUCAUCCCCACUGAACGGAAUCCAUGAUAGAGCAUAUGUGUCCGUGGACGGAGUGGCUGUAGGGAUUCUUGAAAGGAACAAAGCCUUAACUGUAAAUGUGACGGGGACAGCUGGCAGUCAGGUGGAGAUACUGGUGGAGAACAUGGGCCGAAUCAACUAUGGAAAAGAUAUCAAUGACUUCAAGGGUUUGGUGUCUAACCUCACUCUGGAAACAGAAACGCUCACUGGCUGGACCAUGUACAGUCUCAGUAUUGAUGACGCAGUCAGCCAGGGCCUUCUCGGGGGAAAACAGCCCCCACCAACGGACCCUCCUCAGCCUGCUCCUCUCUCCCUUCCAGCCUUCUACGGGGGCAGCUUCAUCAUCCCUGAUGGCAUCCCAGACCUCCCUCAAGACACCUACAUCAAACUGCCCAAAUGGAGGAAGGGCCAGGUCUGGAUUAACGGCUUCAAUCUCGGUCGUUACUGGCCGGCUCGAGGCCCUCAGGUGACGCUUUUUGUUCCCGCCAACAUCCUCAGCACGGCCGCACCCAACAACGUGACUGUGCUGGAGCUGGAGGAGGCUCCCUGUGGCUCAGGGCCGUGCACUGUGGAGUUCACUGACACCCCUGUCCUGAAUGGACCCGUCACCUCUCACGACAAACAAGACUGGGGACUGUUUGCUAAAGAGGAUUUGUUGUGAUGAUAAGGGAACUCUCACUGCUGAACAUGAAUCAAUUUGCACUACUCGCUGAUGUACAGUCCCAAAUUAGCACUUCUUGUUUCAGUUUGAUUUUUAAAAAAAUCUAUAUUAUGUGAAAGGAGAUUUAUAUGGGAUUUGACAUCAAUGAUUGAAUGCGUUUCUGUGAAAUGUGAAGAAAUGUGUUUUAAGCCAAAUGCCAUAUUUUGCCAUCACAUCAAGUGUGGGUGUCUCUACCUCACUGAUUCUUUCUUCUUCGCUAAGGGAUUAUUGCCAAUUAAAGCACUGCCAACACAUAGCAAGCUGUGUUUCAGAGAACAUUUUAUUUAUUAUGUUUAAAACACAUCAGGGAAAUAUCCACUGGAACUGCUGAUAUGUAGCUUCUAGUAGUUUUUAAAUGACUUUGUACACCAUCUGAAUGAUUUAUGCCUGUCAAGCGUAUGCCUUUAAUCGAAAAAAUAAAACAUAUUUCAUAAUGCUUCAA